AUGGUAAGCGUUAUAUAUAAACCCAACAGAGUCGUUGAAAAUCAAAGAUACUUCCAAGCUGAUGUUCAUCAACCUCUUUGGUUACGUGGAAGUGGUAUUAGAAAAGGCUUCUUGUAUUUACACCUUACUUUUAUUACAGUUGGAUUUGCAAGUGCUGUAUAUGGAAUUUCAAGAAUGGCUAGGGUAAAAAAAUUUUUUGUGAUUCUUUGA